AUGCUCUCGGAGCUGAUAAUUGCCAGCACUCUUGUGGUCAACGCAUUCGCCGUUCUUAACUUCAACUUGUAAGUGUUCUAUUCAAUUUUUUAGAUAAAAUCUUGAUUUUUCAGAAAAAAGAACUCUGACGGAGCAUUCGGACUCGAAGACAACAGCCAAUCCGACUCGCUAGGCGAUAAAAUCCGCAGUUUUCUGAUUUCUCUCCAAUAUUUCCGCGUAUUCGUUGCCAUCUGGAACAUUUUCAUCAUCUUCUUGAUGUUCCUGUUCUUCUCCCACUAAGAAUGCCUGAAACCUUACUCCAUUCUGUAAGAUUUUCUUGAACAUCUUCAACGUUUCUGUGAGCGAGAGCACCACAUUGAACGUGUUUUUGUCGUUCCAGAAAUUCCUGCCGGGAGUACCGUCGGGACGAAAGCAUGACGCUCGAAAUGCGACUACAAAAAGUGAUAAAAAUGAAGAUAAAUCUGAAGAAUACAAGUUUGAUUUUACGAAAAAGAUACGAGAGUUAAGAUUAGAGUUGGAGAUCAAGAAGAGAGAAGAGGAACGGAUUGAGAAGGAUAUUGCGAUUAUUUUAGAAGAAAACACGAUUGGUAAGGCUUUUAGUUCCACGAUUUCACUAAUUUUGACAUUUUUCGCAGACGGUGGUGAGCAAAAUCGAUCAUUUGGCCUCGCAGUCACCCGUCUCAACAAUCACAUGUUGGUUGUAGAGAAUUCGGCGAAACAGCUCACGAGCUCCCUCAAAAACAUCUCCAGUUUGGCGGACACCAUAAGUGGAAGGGUACUAUCCAAUCCAGGUUGUUUUUCAUUAAAAACUAUAUUUCUCCAGGUUUCUGCGUUGGAUAUGGCAAAAACGAGAGUAGUUGGAUGCCUUCAGCUUGCCGGCGAUAUGAGAGAUCUCGGAGUGUGCGCGGAAGGCAUAGACGACGCCAUCCGAUCGGAAGACUUCGAAACUGCCGCUCAACACAUUCACAGAUUCCUGACACUUGAUCAGGCGGUCUUUCAGAUUCGAGAAUUCAAGCAGAAAGGUUCGUACUCCUCAAAAUUCCACAAGAAGAUAAAAAUGUGCUCUUCAGAUGCCACUGAUUCCAUCCGUCACAGCUACGAAGUGUUGUCGUCCGCUAAAGAGCGUCUUUCAAAAAUUCUGAAAAGUCGGCUGACCGACGCCGUGAGCAAGGGAGAAAUCGGAGAAAUGCAGAGAUUUGUCAAACUUUUCCCACUUAUCCACGAAUCCGACGAAGGACUCCAGAGAUAUUCGCUGUUCUUGAAUGCGAAAAUCGAUAAAUUGACUGAUGAAAACAUUAAUGUAACUUUAUUUUUGCUGUUUUCUAGAGAUAUAUGUAAAUUUUUCAGAUAAUGAAAGCCGGAGGAACGGAUGAUAAUCGGAGAAAUGUACUUUUCGCCGACACGCUUUUCAUGUUCUUCGAAGGCGUCGCCGGAAUCAUCGAAUCGAAUCUGCCGGUUCUAGAGCACUCGUACGGUAUCGACAAGCUUCUGGACUUUAUGUUCAUUCUACAAGCACGAAUCGACGAAUUCUUCCGACGACUUCUCGAUGAAUUCAAUUCGCAUCGCAAAAUUUCGCUUCUCAUUCAUCUCGUUGACGGAGUAAUCCACAAACAAUCGGAAGAGGCUCCAGAUGCGAUGGAAGUUGAUUCUAUCGCAUCGGAAAUAUGUAUGAUGAACACCUCCGUGGAAAUGUACUGGCGGUUUGUCGGCCGACGAAUCGGGAAGCACGAAGACCCGAGAGACACUAUGGGCGGUGAAGAUGACGAAGAUAUUGACGAGGAGAAACUCCAGGAACAACAACGUCUUCGGAAAGAAGCCAAGGAGAAGAAACUGGAUCAACUGCUGAAUCGCAGUCGAGUUGGCACCAAAAUGCAGGAAUUAAUUGGAAGUUACUGCCUUCUCGAGCACUUUUACAUGCUGAAAUCCUUACAAAAGGCGAUAAAGUCUGAUGCAAAAGAGGAUUUGACAGGAAUAACCAGUUCCAUUGUGGACGACGUCGUCUUCAUCAUUCGGAAGAGCAUCCGAAGAGCUGCUGGAAGUGGAAACGUGGACAGUGUCUGCGCGACCAUCAACAACGCCCACGCUCUGUUGGAUACUGUUGUUCAUGGAUAUCUUCAUCAGAAUAUUCAGGUUCGAUUCACACGUGACUGUUCAACUCUUAUCUCUCAUUUUUGCAGAAUGGAUAUCCCUCUUCCAAUUUUGCAACCGACGCCCUUCAAAGCGCUCAAACUGCCUAUUCUGCCUAUCAACAAGGCAAGCCGGUCAAAGACGCGCAAGAAAAUCAGAAAGACCAGUUUUUGUUGGCUCUGAACAACGCGGCGAAACUCUCCGAACUACUAAUUGAGCUGCAGAAGGGAUUGGUAGCCGAAUGGGCAGGAGUCAAACGUCCGGCGGUGGAGAAGAGCAAAUUGGAGCACGCAACGACGCAGAUUGACGAAGCCGCAAAGAAAUUGGCAACUUUGGCGAAGCACGGAGUCGAAGAGCUCUUCAGAGUGGCAUUCAAGAGCAAGAUCAGACAGGGGUACGACUUUUUGAACUGAAAACUCAUAAAACUUGAUAUUUCAGUGUGGAUUCGUACCAGAACAUCGAGCGUCAGAUGACAAUGCAAGAUCUCGAGUACUUUGAAGCCAACGACCCGUUCAUGGAGCACUUCCUGGCCACCGUUGACCGUCUGCUGGUAGAACACGAGAAGUUCCUGUUCCCAGACAACUAUCAGACUCUUUUGCUGCUCACCAGCUCCGAAGUGGCUCGUCAAAUCGAAAACGUCCUUCCAAAGUGUCAAUUCAAUCGAUACGGAGCUCUUCAGCUGGACAGAGAAUACCGACAACUGUGUGCGUAUCUGACGAAUGUGGCCGGAUGGAGUGCAAGAGAAAAAAUUGCACGAUUAGGACAGAUUGUGGCCAUUUUGAACGUGGAAACGAUCGACGAGGCGAUGGAAGUGUGGCACAAUUCGAAGACGAUGGCAACUACGAUCAGGACUUUGACGCUUCCAGAAGUGAAGAAAGUACUCGCUCUCCGUGCCGAUUUCCCGACGGUAGCCAUCAAAUCCCUAGAAUAA